AUGUCCAUACAGCGUGCAUUUCUGACCGCACGGACACAUGUCUGCGGUGGUAUGAUUCUUAACCCACUGCACGUACUGACGGCAGCGUCCUGCUUUUCGACCGAUUCAACGUCACGCUUCGAAAUCGUGGCCGGAAAUCUACGCAUCGACCGACCGGCCGAUACGCAGCAAGUGCUCGAUCCGUACCUCUUCCGCCCGGUAACACUGCCAGCGUUCGAUGAGCUCCCAUCCGGACUGGUGCGUCUCGGGAGUUGGGGUUCGACCAGCAACAGCAUCUUGCCGGGGAACAAUUUCUCCGACGUGCUGCAGAAAAUCAACGUACUAAAUGUGCCCUGGAACGAAUGGCUUAGUGUUCUCGGUGGACCGGGUGAUCCGUUCGACGAGCGUAACAUCCGUACCGGACCGCUGAGCUGUGGCAUCUCGACCUGCACGGCACAGCAUCUCGGGAACGAUGUGUUCCUGCAGGUUGGCAUCAUUGCGUGGAAUGUACUGCCGUGCGGUGGGAUUAACACCCCAUCCAUCUAUACCCUUUGUGUCGGCGUUUACCGACUGGAUACAGGCUAA